AGAUCUGAAAUAAUGAGGAAAGUAACAGACAAUGAGUUGGACCCCUGCUAUAAGCGACGAACGAUAACUAGAAUGCACCUAUUAACCCGAAAUAGUAUCUAAAUAUGAACUACCAUUUGACUAAUGGGGUGAGUGAUUUCGUACCAAUCACGCCAAGCAAUUUUGCCAUCAUGUACAAUUAAGUGAAUUAUGAAAUACUCUCCAUGUACUUGGAGGAAUACAACUUUUUUAAAAAAGUGAUCCCUCUUUUUUCUUCCUCCCAUCCCUCCCCUCUCGCGGUCUUUCUCCGCUACGCGAAAUCAUUCCGCAUAAUGUCUUACUUUCUCCUCACUAUUGUUUCAGAGUGUUUGGGAUAAACUCGGCAUUAUAAUCAUUCUUAAUGAAUGUGCUAUCCAUUUAUCAUUAAGAACGGUACCCGGCAUCACCAUCUGCACUUCUUAUCAAAGUGCCACUCCUACCCGCUGUUCGUUGGUUCUAAAACGUGGAACAACCGAGCCAGCAUUGCAGGAGGGUGUAAUCCUUGCUAGUAUUAAAUAAUUGUUUUUUAAAAAAAGUCCCCAAAUGAUGCAUGGCUUUACAGCUUCAAUGUUUAAAAAAUUGGAUUGAUAUUUUGGUCUCUGGCCAACAAUAUUUCCCAGAUAAUACAUCAUUACGGCAAUCUCCGCUGUUUAUGCACUCUUCUCGAGUGGGCGUUGUCAGCCAGCUAGCCAAUUCCGAGCGGCCGUUUGCCAGUUGCCAGGCACCUUUAAGAGAUCCUGGAUUCUGAUUGGCUCGGGGUCGUCCUGCCAUGAUGUCAUCGCGAGCUGCCGAAUGAAGGGAACGGGGAAUGUGGUUGCAGAGAGAAACUCGCCACUUAUUCGCCUCACUUUACAGCAGCGGGCUCCAUUAGACCGCCGGGAUGGCCAAGGACGAGUUCCUCCUGCGCUCCGCCAGGGCGCCGGUGAUCAUAAAGCAGGAGCCGGACGACGACUCGGACGCCGACGAGCCGAACCUGAAGAAGUCGGACGAGCUUCAGAUCAUCCACAGUGGGCACUUCAUGGUGUCGUCCCCGCACCGAGAGCACCCUCCCAAGAAAGGGUACGAUUUCGACACCGUCAAUAAGCAGACAUGUCAGACCUACUGCUUCGGACCGUACAGCACGUCGCAUCUGUCCAUCGACGCCUCGCUCACCAAGUUGUUCGAGUGCAUGACUCUGGCGUACAGUGGAAAAUUAGUUUCACCUAAAUGGAAAAAUUUUAAAGGACUGAAACUUUUAUGGAGAGACAAGAUUCGACUGAACAAUGCAAUUUGGAGAGCAUGGUAUAUGCAAUAUGUAGAAAAGCGAGAAAACCCAGUCUGUCAUUUUGUUACCCCAUUAGAUGGCACUCUUGAGUUUGAAGAACCGCGAAAACCUGAAGCAGCUACUGAAGGAAAAUUUUGGAAAAGGAGAAUUGAGAUAGUAAUAAGGGAAUAUCACAAAUGGCGCACGUACUUCAAGAAAAGGUUGCAAAAGCACAAAGAUGAGGACCUUUCAAGUCUGAUUAAACUUUCUGGAUUUGAUGAUGGAUGCCCAGAAACCUGCUGUAUUUCAUUUCAAGACGAUGACUUGGCAUUAUGGCGUGCAAAAAGAAAAGGAAGCGACACACCAGUCCCCAUGGAGGAGGACAAGCUCUUGGACAUGGACAUGUUAAUGUCUGAAUUCUCUGACACACUUUUUUCAACAUUGUCUUCGCAUCACGCAGUGGCGUGGCCCAACCCAAGAGAGAUUGCACACGCAGGAAAUGCAGAUAUGAUUCAACCUGGAUUGAUCCCUCUUCAGCCCAAUUUAGAUUUUAUGGACACGUUUGAACCUUUCCAAGAUUUGUUUCCAACAACCCGAUUUCCGUCUUUGGCUGGCAGCCUCUUCUCAUCUCCUGUUCCUCCAGCCCCUUCUGUUGCUCCCCUAGGUGGCAGUAGCUCACCAUCACAGGAUAUCAUCCUGUCGACUAGCAAUCUAUCUGAUACAAUCUCAUCCGUUAAUAUUGAGGAAGACUUAAUUCCAUCUCCGGUUCCUUCAGUGAUGAACCAUAUUGAUACCCGCAAUGACAGUAGUAGUUCAAAAUUUGCAGCUUUUGUUGACAGUGAAGAGUUUCAACCUCCAACGGUAAUUAGCAACCAGGAGACGUUUUUACCACUUUUUUCAUCCGAUGUGCCGUCAUCUCAGACUCCCCAAAUGCAACAGCAAAAAACGUCCAAGUUUGAAGUGCCUCCCAGCAUGUCUCUGAAUGCCCAGACAUUCUUAAGUCCAGGGAAUCAGAAGUUUACAAUAUCUGCUUCGCCACCACCAGCCAUUACUCAUACUGCCUCUUCUACGUUUACGCAAAUACCUGCUGCUACGACGUUCACCCAAAACCAGAAUCUUCAUCUUGCCACUAAGCAGCAAGGAGUGCCUUGUAAUGUUGCUAUGCAGCCACCAAAAACUCAUACAACUUUUGCUGUACCAAAAGCUGGCCCUCCUGCUGGGCUUGGGAGUAGGACUAAACAGCUGCAGAAAUUUGUGCCUGCAAAGUCAGAACUGGUUCCAAUAGCGCCUGCUGCUUCACCAAAUGCCUUCCUAACACAGUUGUUGGCACCAGGCUCCAGUGCAGUUCUUGUAACCCCAACUCAUAUAAAAGCUGAAGGUGUACUGACGUGUAGAGUUACCCAACCCAGUGUUGUUAUCACACCAGCUGCCAUUGCCACCGCCUCGGGUGUAACGGAUUUCCAUCACAGUAUUUUAGUUGGCCCUGCACAACAGCCAGGAAUGAUGAACACAUCCCGACAGACUCCACAGCAUGGGAAGUCAGCCAUGCCUCAUCUGUUUGCUGCAAGUGUGGUCCCGAGUACAGUUCGAUUGCAGCCCAAAACAGAACAAAUUACAGCUCCGUCCUCCAACAGGCAGGCACCUUCCCCCACACCUACAAAUCGGGAGCGCCAGAAUUCAGGUCAAGGGUCACCAGCAUCAUCAGAGAGAAUUCCCAGCCCACAGUCUCCCAUAAACAAUUCUGCAAUAUCUAAACCAGAGCAGCCAGUUGUAGUGUUUAAGAGUCGAAGAAUGACCCAUAUUUCUGCAGAACAGAAAAGACGAUUUAACAUCAAAAUGGGUUUUGAUACUCUUCAUAACCUUGUGACCACUUUAAAAUGUCAGUCCAACAUAAAGCCGAUUAGCAAUGCGGUCACACUGCAGAAGACAGUGGAAUACAUUGCAAAGCUGCAGCAGGAGAGGGCGCAGUUGCAAGAUGAAGCAAAACGUCUCAGGGAGGAGAUUGAAGAGCUUAAUAUUGCAAUCAGUAUCUGUCAACAGCAGCUUCCUGCUACUGGUGUUCCAGUAACACAGCAACGGUCUGAUCACAUGCGGGAAAUGUUCGAUGAGUAUGUCAAAUCAAGAACACAUCAGAACUGGAAGUUCUGGAUUUUCAGCAUAAUUAUUAAGCCUUUGUUUGACUCUUUCAAUACCAUGGUUACAAGUACAAGUGUAGAUGAUUUAUGCAAGUCGACGCUUUCCUGGGUGGAUCAGCAUUGCUCUCUACCGGUUCUUCGACCAAUGGUUCUGAACACACUUCGUCAUCUUAGUACCACCACAUCCAUUUUGACUGAUCCAUCACUGAUACCUGAACAAGCAAUUCAAGCUGUCAGUCAAGUCAGUAAGAGCAGUGGGGAAUCAUAGCACCUGCUCCUGGUGGCAUCCCUGUGAAAUGUGGAAGUCUCAUGGUUGAAGAUGGUCCUUCUGGAACGAGCAGAAUGACAUGAUGUUUUUCAUAUCCCUCUUCCUCUCUGUGACUUUUGCACUUUAAAGAUUUUUAAAGCUGUGAUCUGGAAAUUUGGGCAACUUAAAGUUAACUACUGGGUCUUAAACACUUGUUCUUCAUUAAGCUUUCUGAUUUAACAAUAAUAAUUAACCGCUAAAGAUAAAUUCCAUAAUCAGUGAACCCAAUAUUACCUAUAAGUGUUGAUAUCUGCAUGCUAGAAUUCCUGUUUGAUACAUUACAGUUUCUUUUAUCACAAGCAAUAUUUAGUCUUUUUUUCCUGCACUUAACAGAAAGUAUUGGUGUAAUGCAGCAGCCUGUGUCACUUAUAGUUCAUGGGUAAGGAAGAAGAGAGGAGAAAUGUUGAGUACUUUGUGAAUAAUGUAUGCCUGCUACUUCUAGCAUUAUUGAUAGUGAAAUUUAAGGAUAGGCUUAAUUAUUAUUCUCUCCUUACUUCGUUUGUUUCUAAAAUUUUGAUUAUGAAUACUUAUUUCAAUUUUUAACUUCAAAUCUUCCCUUCCUUGCAGUUGAUUUUACUUUCCCUUUUAUUAAAAUGAGCAUAGGAAUGCAUUCUCCUAAAGAAAAACCAGAAGGUUUGUCUGUUGAUAAUUCAGCAUCCCUCUUCUGUCCAUUGGUCUCAUGAUCAAGAAAAAAGUAACACUCAGGUACAUAUAAACUGCAAAUACUAUAAAUAACAAUAAAAUGUUGUUUGUAGUAAAUUAAAGCUUCAAGUUAUAAAAUCAGUCAAUGUAGGUCUUUGUAAAUUGCUCUUCAAAUAAUUAAUGUGUAAUUUAUUUAAGGGAAAUCACCUCAAGGGUGAUAUUUUUUGCAUACUUCCAACAAUUUGUUUUGAAACUCCAAUGCCUCAGUCCUAUCCUUUUGAUUUGUUCUUAGCAAGCUUUCUAUAAAACAUGAAGAUUGUACUUUAAAAACCAAAGACAAUACUUAGUUGGUGUAAAAGCGGAUGUUUUUGCAUUCUACCAGUGGACUGGCAUGAAUAACAUUGAAUAGGUAAUGUGUCAUAAUGGUCGGUGCAUGGAUUCUCUUGUGAAAGGAUAAGCAAGCACAUUUGUUAGAACAGUUACGUUGUUGCCUAAAGAAAAAAGAUCUCUGCAGAAAAUUAAAUUGUUUUGUAAUGAUGUGACGGACAACUUUAAUUCUGUUGUGAUUAUAUGGGGCUACAGAAAAUCAAGUGAUAUUCAAUGUAGAUUCUGUAAACAAUUUGUGCAAAAUCUGAAACUUGAUUGGUGUACAUAAUUGUUUUAGGGUUCCAGACCUACCGACAGAUUGUUCUAUUUAGAACCAUGAUGUAUUAAAGCUUCAUUUAUAUUUUAUAAAAUAAAAUAGAAACCAUUUGACCUUUU